AAACAUUCAACCUCUCAGCAUGAGGGCAAUACAAUCUAUAAUGCAUUAGACUAGAGGAUCCAUAAUCUAAUUUUUCUAAUUGUAUAUCAUGUGACUUGGUUGGUUGAACCGAACUGAAUUUUUAUUAGCGCACUCUGAAAAUUACGUACACUUCCGGGGUGGAGAAUAGUUGCUUAUAAAUAUACCUGAACUCAAUUAGCUUAACGUCACAGCUGACGGUUAUGUUAAUUGGUGCUGAGAGAUUGUACUUCCAUCUAUGGGCGCUUUAUAAAGCAACCUUCUUGACUAUUUGUGAUCCUUUAAUGAUCGAAAGUAGUUUGUAAAUCGGUUAUUUCACUUUGCUUGAAAUAAUCAAGAAAGAUGAAGGAGUUAGUGGAGGAGAUACCUGAUGAGGGAUAUGGAUGCGCCGUGACUAAUCGCUUCGGCCAGCUGCUUGACGAUGAGUCCGACCCUUUUGACAUAUUAUAUGCGGCACAGGUGGGAAAACCGCAAAAGAAGAAGAAAGAAGAGCAAAAGAAAACUUCAUCCACCACGAAAGCUGGAAAAAAAGAGUCUCAAAUGAACAGGAAAAUCGCCUUUUCCGCGGGUGGAGGUGGACAAGUGCGUCUUGUUCGUGGGGAGGUUGAGGAACAAAUUGAAAAACGUGUGACUUUUGAGCGCAAAUGCAAUGUUGGCGACACCCCCCUUAGUUUCUCGGUUGAGAGGCCUGUGGAUGAUGUGUUGGACAGAGCUAAUAGAGGAAGAGCUACCGGAAGAGUACGAGGAGCCCGAGGCCCAGGAUAUCCAAGAUCCAAUGAUGGAUUUGACCAGAGGGGAAAGAGGGAAUUUGAAAGGCAUAGUGGCAGCGACAGAACGAGUGUCCGCUUCGAAGAGAAGCGUAGUGGCAGUGGCUCUCGCAACUGGGGUUCUAUGAGAGACCAGAUGAGUGAAAUUGAGGUGACAUCUAGUGAACAGGUCUGUGAAACCGAUGAGACCCCCGAGGCAGUAGAGGCUGAUGGAGAAAACAGGCCUUCUGAGACUGAGGAUGUGAUUGAGGUAGCCAUAGAGAUGACGCUGGAUGAGUGGAAGGCCUUACAGGAGCAAAGCAGGCCCAAGGUGGAGCUUAAUAUCCGUAAGGCAGACUCCACUAUGCCAUCCAAGGCUUUGGUGAUCCAUAAGUCCAAAUUCCUUGAGAAACAAUAUAAUGGCAUUGACGAUGAGGAUGUGGGUUUCCGCCGCCCAACCAAUGACAUCACUUGUCAGUUGGAAAUCAACUUUGGCAGCCUGGCUCGACCCUCUCGUGGUGGGAGAGGUGGACGAGGCAGUCGUGGCCGUGGGGCUCCCGCCAUGACAUCCCAAAGAUCUCCACAAAAAUAUGAAGUGGCUCCAAACCCAGAUGAUCCAGAGGAUUUCCCUGCACUGGCUUAG